GCGGCGGGGGCGCGCGCGCGCGCGCGGCAGCGGCUUUACUUCUCUUCGGGCAGCGGGGGCAGGAGCGGCGGCGGGAGCGGCAGCAGCGGCUGCUCGGGCGAGAGAGAGGCGGUCGCGGAGCGCGGGGCAGCGGGCUCAUGACUCAGUGAGCGGCUGCAGCCCCUUUCCAGCCCCGCGCCCGGCCGGACUCGGGGCGACCGCGUCGGAUUGUCCCGCAGCCCGUGCCCGGCACCAGCCGGAGAGGGGGAGAGAGAGAGAGAGCGAGAGAGACCUGCGCUCGCCUGCAGUGCAGCAUCUGCCAUGUCUACAGAGGGGCAGAGAGUUGAUGAUAGUCCAAGCACUAGCGGAGGCAGCUCUGAUGGAGAUCAGCGUGAAGGUGUUCAGCAGGAACAAGAAAGGGAGCAAGUUCAACCCAAGAAAAAAGAGGGCAAAAUAUCAAGCAAAACAGCUGCUAAACUGUCGACUAGUGCUAAAAGAAUUCAGAAAGAACUUGCAGAAAUUACAUUAGACCCUCCUCCAAACUGUAGUGCUGGACCCAAAGGAGACAACAUUUAUGAAUGGAGGUCAACUAUACUGGGGCCUCCAGGGUCUGUAUAUGAAGGUGGAGUUUUCUUCCUUGACAUUACCUUUUCACCGGACUAUCCUUUUAAACCACCUAAGGUAACGUUUCGGACAAGAAUCUACCACUGUAAUAUUAACAGCCAAGGCGUCAUCUGCCUGGACAUUUUAAAAGACAACUGGAGCCCAGCAUUAACCAUUUCUAAAGUUCUCCUCUCCAUCUGCUCCCUCCUCACAGACUGCAACCCGGCUGACCCCCUGGUUGGAAGUAUUGCCACUCAGUAUAUGACUAACAGAGCAGAGCACGACAGAAUGGCCAGACAGUGGACCAAGCGAUAUGCCACAUAGGAACCUACUCUAGGAUUUGCUGGACCUGUGCAAGCACAUUCACUAAGUGCAUCAAUAGCCCUUCCCUUCAUUCUUAUUUUUUAUUAAACUUUGAACCAUUUUGUGACAAAAGGUUGUCCUUACUUUCUCUUUUGUUUUAUUUUUAUUUGUUUUGGGUUUUUUUGUUCUGUUAACUUGAAAGUGGUUUCCCUCAAAUGUAGACAGGGAAUUUUGGUUAUCAGUGCAAAGAAUGUUGGAUCUGUAAUAGUAUAGAGCUUUGUCACAAAGCUUUGUAUUAAUGUGUGGGUUAUUUUUCUUUCAUGUGGUUUUUGGGAAAACAAACAAAUUCAGAAUUAUAUCUCGUUUCUACUUAAAUGUAGUGUUUAGGGUUAUUUUUUUGUACUGAAGUCUUUAAUGGUGGGUGCAUGCUACUGGGAACAAGUUUUGUAUAAAAGCUUAAAAUCAAGAAUCACUGUGCAUUACUAAGACUGUGUUUAUCACUAGCCUUCUGUUUCCCACACAAAAGGCUAUUGCGUUGAACAAAUUAAUAUGUAUUUUGAUUUACUUAAAAAAAAAGUGCUUGUAAAUUUCUUAGGGACCUGCCACUUUUGACUGUGGAUCAGUUGAUGUACACUUGUAUUAUUAAAGCACUCAAUAAAACACUGUGGCUGAUAAAUGCA